GGCGCUUGCGCAGUGCAGUAGCUCUUGUGAGGGGAGGGUCGGGGAGGGGGAGUGACGAUCGCCGUAACUACCCCUCCCUCCCCCCCCGUUCGCUGCUGUCGGGUCCCGGAGCGGCUUCCCGGGAGCCGGGCGUGUGACCGACCGACCGAGCGAGCGUGGAGGCGGCGCUGCCCGGGCAAGUUGGAGAGAUGCUGGGAGAGGAGCUCAGUGGGUUUCUGUCAUCUCUGUAGGCAACAACAGGAGGGAGCAGGGUGCUCAGAGAGUCAAUCCCUUGGACAAAAGGACAAAAUUUCAAAAAGUUCAGUGAAUAGAAGAUUGUUGGGGGUGGAAUAGAUCUGGACAAGGAGAAGAAGUCUGGAGAUAAAUUUUUGCUGUGUAAAACACUCAUACCUGCAGGGAGAACUGACAGCUGAAAAAUUACUUUCUGACGAGGAAACAAAGGGAAGCUGCACGAAUGGUCACAUGCCCCUCCCCAGCAGCGUGGGCAAGUUGUUUCGGGCAGCUGGCGGAGAGAAUUCCCUCAAGAGUCGACAGUCUAGUGGGGCCAGCACCCUUAAUGGCUUGGGAAGCUCUGUGACCCUUUGUUUUUGAUUUGUUUGUAAAUGAAUCACAAAGAGGCAGCCCAGAAUGAAGAAAGCAAGCAGGUCUGUUGGCUCAGUGCCCAAAGUGCCCGGGAUAAAUAAAACUCAAACAAUAGAAAAAAUCAAACCAGAAAACGGCUCCUCAGUGUCUGCAGUAACAAAACUCUCAAAAACUGGAACAUCAACAUCCCUGCUGAAGACAAAAAGUAGUGAUGACCUUUUAGCGGGGAUGGCUGGUGGUGGGGUGACUAUGACCAAUGGUGUGAAGGCAAAGAAGAGCACCUGCACAUCUACAGCAUCUUCAGCUUCAGGGACCACCAUGAACAACGUGGAGAAUAAACCCAAGACUAUUACAGGUUUGACCUCCACAGCCAAGCGUAGCACUUCAUCUGGAAAUAAAGAAUCUAGCUCUUCUAGGGAAAGAAUACGCGAUCGUUCCCGUCUGAACCAAAGCAAAAAACUGCCUUUGACAGGACAGGGGACUAAUGAUACCAUUCUGGCAAAACGCUCCCGUAGUCGUACUAAUCCAGAGUCUGAUGUUCGGAUGAGCAAAUCCAAAUCGGACAAUCAAAUUAGUGACAAAGCUGCUUUGGAAGCUAAAGUGAAAGAUCUUCUGACUUUAGCAAAAACUAAAGAUGUGGAGAUUUUACACUUGAGGAAUGAACUCAGAGACAUGCGUGCUCAGCUUGGCCUUAAUGAAGAUCAGCCUGAGGGUGAUGAGAAGUCUGAGGAAAAAGAGGCCAUUGUUGUUCACCAGCCAACUGAUGUAGAGUCUACAUUAUUGCAGUUACAAGAGCAAAACACUGCCAUCCGAGAAGAACUCAACCAAUUGAAGAAUGAGAAUCGAAUGUUGAAGGACAGAUUAAAUGCAUUGGGCUUUUCUUUGGAACAAAGGCUAGACAACUCUGAGAAACUCUUUGGCUACCAAUCUUUGAGCCCAGAGAUCACAACUGGUAAUCACAGUGAUGGUGGUGGCACUCUUACAUCUUCAGUGGAAGGUUCUGCUCCUGGUUCAAUGGAAGAUUUGUUGAGUCAGGACGAAAACACCUUAAUGGACAAUCAACAUAGUAACUCCAUGGAUAAUUUAGACAGUGAGUGCAGUGAAGUUUAUCAGCCACUUACAUCAAGUGAUGAUGCCUUAGAUGCUCCAUCGUCUUCAGAGUCUGAAGGAGUACCAAGCAUAGAAAGAUCUAGGAAAGGAAGCAGUGGCAAUGCAAGUGAAGUUUCUGUAGCUUGUCUGACAGAACGAAUACACCAGAUGGAAGAGAACCAGCAUAGUACAUCUGAGGAGCUUCAAGCAACGCUUCAGGAACUUGCAGAUUUACAACAAAUAACUCAAGAGCUGAACAGUGAGAAUGAAAGACUUGGAGAAGAAAAAGUAAUUCUUAUGGAAUCCUUGUGUCAGCAGAGUGACAAGUUAGAACACUUCAGCCGACAGAUUGAAUAUUUCCGCUCCCUUUUAGAUGAACAUCACAUCUCAUAUGUUAUUGAUGAAGAUAUGAAAAGUGGGAGGUAUAUGGAGUUAGAGCAACGUUAUAUGGACCUUGCUGAGAAUGCUCGUUUUGAACGAGAGCAACUGCUGGGUGUCCAGCAGCAUCUGAGCAACACUUUGAAGAUGGCAGAGCAAGAUAACAAGGAGGCCCAAGAAAUGAUAGGGGCACUGAAAGAACGGAACCACCACAUGGAACGAAUUAUUGAGUCAGAGCAGAAAAGUAAGGCAGCAUUAGCAGCCACCUUAGAGGAGUACAAAGCCACAGUAGCCAGUGAUCAGAUUGAGAUGAACCGGCUAAAAGCUCAGCUGGAGCAUGAAAAGCAAAAAGUGGCUGAACUGUACUCUAUACACAACUCUGGAGAUAAAUCAGAUAUACAAGAUUUGCUGGAGAGUGUCAGGCUGGACAAGGAAAAAGCAGAGACUUUGGCUAGCAGUCUGCAGGAAGAGCUGGCUCUCACUCGCAAUGAUGCCAAUCGAUUGCAGGAUGCCAUUGCUAAGGUUGAAGAUGAAUACAGAGUCUUCCAAGAAGAAGCCAAGAAGCAAAUUGAUGAUCUCAAUAUGACUCUAGAAAAGCUUCGGGCAGAGCUGGAGGAAAAAGAGACUGAAAGAAGUGACAUGAAAGAAACCAUCUUCGAGUUGGAAGAUGAAGUAGAGCAACAUCGAGCUGUGAAACUUCAUGACAACCUCAUCAUAUCUGACUUAGAGAAUACAGUUAAAAAACUUCAGGACCAAAAGCAUGACAUGGAAAGAGAAAUAAAGACUCUUCACAGGAGGCUGCGGGAGGAGUCCGCAGAAUGGCGUCAGUUCCAAGCUGAUCUACAGACAGCAGUGGUCAUAGCAAACGAUAUCAAAUCUGAGGCCCAAGAGGAGAUAGGAGACCUAAAGCGUAGACUGCAUGAGUCUCAGGAGAAAAAUGAGAAGCUCACUAAAGAGCUGGAAGAAAUAAAGUCACGCAAGCAGGAAGAGGAACGUGGCCGAGUAUACAAUUACAUGAAUGCUGUAGAGAGGGAUUUGGCAGCUCUGAGACAAGGAAUGGGGCUGAGUCGGAGGUCCUCCACUUCCUCGGAGCCAACUCCCACCGUAAAAACACUAAUCAAAUCCUUCGACAGUGCCUCACAAGUAGUUCCAAGUCCUGCUACAGCCACAAUUCCUCGCACUCCUCUCAGUCCAAGCCCCAUGAAAACACCCCCAGCCGCUGCAGUGUCUCCUAUGCAGAGGCAUUCUAUAAGUGGACCAAUAUCAACCUCCAAACCCCUUACACCUUUGUCAGACAAAAGACCAAGCUAUGCAGAAAUCCCUGUUCAAGAACAUUUGUUGAGAACUUCCUCUACCAGCAGACCAGCCUCAUUGCCAAGAGUACCUGCCAUGGAAAGUGCCAAAUCUAUUUCAGUGUCUAGACGAAGUAGUGAAGAAAUCAAACGGGACAUUAGUGCACCUGACGGAGCAUCUCCAGCCUCUCUCAUGGCAAUCGGAACCACCUCACCACAACUCUCUCUCUCCUCCUCUCCUACAGCAUCUGUCACCCCUACAACACGAAAUCGAAUAAGGGAAGAAAGGAAAGACCCUUUAUCUGCUCUUGCAAGAGAAUAUGGAGGUUCCAAAAGAAAUGCCUUGCUGAAGUGGUGUCAGAAGAAAACCGAAGGAUAUCAGAAUAUUGACAUCACAAACUUCAGCAGCAGUUGGAAUGAUGGGUUGGCCUUCUGUGCAGUCCUCCAUACUUACCUCCCAGCUCACAUUCCGUAUCAAGAACUGAACAGCCAGGACAAGAGAAGAAACUUCACUCUGGCCUUUCAGGCAGCUGAAAGUGUUGGCAUCAAAUCCACUCUGGACAUCAAUGAAAUGGUGCGAACUGAGCGUCCAGACUGGCAGAAUGUCAUGCUGUAUGUUACAGCAAUUUACAAAUACUUUGAAACCUGAAACCUUGUUAAUCCAAAAGAUUUGCAGGGUGGAAUCAUCACUACCUGCCAGACAGAAACAUGACUGAAAUGCUAAUCCCAGAUUCAUUAAAAUCUGGCAACAUUCAUGUCCCCCAACCUUCAGUGACGCUAUCAUGGAUUGUCUCAAACUGCUUCAGCCAACAAACCUUGUAACACAGGUUAGAAGCAAGAACUUGUUACCAGUGUACUAGGCAUAUCCCAUGGUAUUGAGUUAUCCAAAUUAAUUACGUAGCCUAAUAAAACUGGCCUUCUAGGAACUGCCUUUACAUCCAGACUUCUUGAAGUUUUCGUAUUUCCAUAAGAGAGACUGAGGUGUAUAAUGCUGUAGCAUAUACAGGAUUGAAUGUACAGCUAGAACUAUGAGAAGGAAAAGGAUGAAACAGCAUCAUAAUCAAUUUUCUCUACUAUCAGAAACCACAGUGUCUGGGUGAAUAUUCUACCCUUAUAUACACUGCACCCCAAUACAGUAAAAAUCUUAAUAGUAACUGAAGUUACUGUCUUCAUUAUUUUUCCUCCUCUAAUGUGCACAAUAUUCAAGGGAAAGGAGCUUUUAUUCUGUCAGGCUUACUUGACGAAAAGUGCUCUCAACACCUGGACAAAUCUGGCGCAGAAGAACUCUUCAGUGUAAAGCUCUGUUUAAGCCUACCUCUGUCACACAGUAACGUGGCUUCCAACUUUAUCUAAUGGAUUAUAAGGACUAGCACAUACAAUUCCUGGCUUGAAGAGUAUACUGUAUUUACAAGGAGUUAUAUUUCAUAUAAUUUUCUGUGCUUCCAUUAUAACUAAUGAGAUUAAUCAAGAAUUUAUCCUUGUAGAACUUGUCUCUAUCCCCUUCUUCCUUUGCCUGCAUAGCACACAUAGAAAUGCCGAUCUUUCCUUUCCAGCAAUACAAGCAUACAGUGUCUCUGAUUUCAAUGGUGGAAUUAUGCCAGUGGGAUUUCUCCCUCUACAGAGAAGAUAAUUGUCAGUAAUGGGAUGUCCAGCUUUGCAGUGUUCCAUGUACACUUUUCUUUGGAUCUUGCAGAUACUGGUCUAACUAAAAGAAAGCAAAACAUGCUAUGAAGAGAACUGUAGUGGAAUUAAUUUUUAUGUAAUCCUGUUCCAAUCUGGAAUAUUGUAUCACAAAGACUAAUGCUCCUGAGGAAAGAAUGAAAAGCUUUGGUCUGCUCAGAUUGUAUUCUCCUAAAAUGCACCUCCGUUCAUGUGGCAAAACUCUCUAGGCAAAAGAGUUCAAGCAAGUGCCUUAAAUAUCCUUGAGUUGGUAGACCCUGGAGCUCCAGGGCACUGUGCAAAACAUUAGGAACUCAGAAGGAUUUCUAGUGGCAAACUGACGUGUGUUGUUAAAAUGAUUUUUGUAAUCCUGUACUUGUCAUACCAAGAGGAGGCCUUCACCCUACCAUUGUGUUCCUGCCUCUUACUUCCCUACAUAGAUAGCAACAGUUAAGCCACAGGAAAGAGCCUCUCUCUAAUGUUGAGCUGAAGCUUUCAUUUGAUGACCACCUUUAUAAAUACACUUAACCUACCAACAGCCCUGUUAGAAACAAUGAUUCUGUUAUUCCUAUUGUGUGCCUAUAACUCUUAUGGACAGUUUGAAUGAAUAGAUGUUAACAACUCAGUGAAUGCAACUGUGCUUGGCAACUAUUAGUGCUAUCAGGAAUGGAAAAAACACUGAUUCAAAUUAAAACUAUAUAGCCAGUCAGAAUAGCUAGAGCCCUGAAGAAUGUAACCAAUCUGAAGAGGGGGCAUUUCAGCAUGCCUCUGGCAUUUAAACAGACCUCGCACCUCUUAACUCCUAUAUUAUAAAGCUCAACUAACUCUUAAAUUCUGAUCAGUGUCUGUAGUGGAAGGAAUAAAACAAAUGUCUUUAGUGAUGGGGGAAGGGUUUAUUAAAUGUCUGGUAAAUAACCAUUUAGUCCAAAGAGAGGACACUUGGAGAAGUUUCCAGAGAAGCUGUUUCUGGUGACUACUUCCUCUCAGAUUGGGAGGCUAAUGUUAGGCAAGUAGCUAAAAAUUCUCAGGCUGUGAGUAAACAGGCUUGAAGAUCCUCGGCAACCAAGAGAAAACGGUUGCAGAAGAGACUUCAAAUAAAAAUAUCUUCAUAAGAGUUGAAUAGAAAGAAGUGGGAAAUGUACACUAUCACUUUCACAAACUGCUGAAAUCCCAUUUCUGCACUUUUAUGCUAUGGGAGGCUGUUUUCUUUUCCUUAUGAAUUUAAGUUGUCUAUUUACAGUUGCAUCAUUUUAUUUAUUACAUUAAGAUUGAAAAAAAAUUCUAAUUAAAAAGAUAGCACUCCUCACUCUAAAUUCACUAGUAACCUAUUUCUUUAACAUAGUUUGAGCCAAGGGCUAAUUUUAGCUAUUUUUCUGCAAAGUGGUGUCUGAACUUUACUUGCUUGGAAAUCUCUGUUGUUAAUUGUAAUAAUAUUGAUCAUGUAAACAUCCAUAAAAAGGGAACUCCAGGUUUUUCAACUAUAUCCAGUUAGGCAACAUGAUAGAAGCAUUAAGAAUCUGCAGAGAUGGACGUUUUAAAAUAAUAAACAUAGACCUUCAUUAGAAAUGAAGAAAUCUACAGAUUGCUUCUUGGUGCGAUCUGUAGAUCUGUCUGUUUUGGUGGGUUUUGUUUUUGUUUGUUUGGGGGUUGGUUUUGGGGGUUUUUUUGUUUGUUUGUUUGUUUGGUCUGAAGUUAUACUUGGUGUUGAUGGUACACAGGAAUUGGAGUUACAUCUGGAAAGAGGCAUGUGGCUCCAUAAAGAAAUUUCCGAGACACACAUCUGAGCCUUUACAAAUAGAAUACUGUGCUUCUGACAUAAUGAAAGGAUAUUCAAGAAAGGGAUGGAAGAAAUAAAACAAACUGAACCCUGGUACACAGUAACAGAAUGUUCAGAAAGGCGGAAACAACAAAUCUCUCCUUUUGCUCAUUGGAAGAAUGACUUAUGUAACCUUUCUGGAUAGAAAUAAUACUCUUCAGUAUGGUUCCAACUCAUACUUCACCCUGAAAGGGCCAGUUCGGUUACACAUUGUAGAGUGCAAGCUUUGUGCUGUUUGACUUGAUAUUUUUGUUCUGUUUAAUGUACUUAAAAUGCCAAACAAUAUAUGGUAGAUUUAUUUUUAUUGCAUUUUAGUAUGUGCCUUGCAAAUGCCUGUGUUUUAGUAGUCUGUGUUAUUCAUGUCCAUCUCUGUAAGAGGUGCACAUAACCAAAACAGCUUGGACGUCUUUAUGCAGUUUUGGCUCUGUUGCUGUCUGGAUAAUGUUAAGUGAAACACAUUCCAUUGAAUGUAAAGAUGUCAGUAUCCAGUCAGGUGUGUGUCAGAUUUGUUUAAUAUUCAUGGUACAUCAGCGGCGAACUGAAUGAACAGUUGAAGCUUUUUCUUUACCUUCAGUUAGCAUCAAAGGAGGAAUAACUUAUUUUUUAAUAUUCAGACAGACGGUCUCCAGAGUUCUUUGAUGUCCAGAGUAACAAUAAAAAGGUGAUGUGAACCUUUGGAAUCGAUGAGACGCAACUGAUUGGGUUUUCAGGUAUUUCGUAUGUUUAACUGAAAACACUUAUCCAUUAGUUUUAGCCAUGUAACUCAAUGGACCUCAUAAUGACCUUUCACUACAGCAAUACCUGCUAGAAAUUCUAAGCAAAAGCCUCUAAUUGAAACUGCAGCCAUGGAGAGGCAACCCAGAAUGUUGUAUUAAUAAUUACAUGAUAUCCUGGUUAAAGAAUAAAAUGUCACUCUUUGCCUUAUUUAUAUUAAACAUUAUUUCUGCCAA